AUGCUGCUGCUCGUGCUGCUGCUGCUGCUGCUGCCCCUCCCAGACCCAUGGGCUGUCCGUGGGCACCCACUCUACAUGCGCCUGCCCCCCAACAUCCUGCAAGCUCUGUCAGCCCACGGCACGAGAGCACUGCAGGCCGCCCAGAGGAACGCCCAGUGGACAGUUAAUCAAGUGGCGAUGGAGAUUCGACACAGACUGCAUGAGUGUGGCAGCUGUGCCAACCAUACCAUCCCGUGCCCGGGCGCUGGGCGUCCCAGGCCUCUGUCCCCCCUCCUCCAGGAUCCAGCAGAGCCAGGGCCCUGUGGCGAGAGGCGCCCAAGCGCUGUCAACGUGACACGGGCCCACGGCCGCAUUGUUGGGGGCAGUGCUGCUCCGCCCGGAGCCUGGCCCUGGCUGGUGAGGCUGCAGCUCGGAGGGCAGCCUCUGUGUGGCGGCGUCCUGGUGGCGGCGUCCUGGGUGCUCACCGCGGCGCACUGCUUCGCGGGUGCCCAGAACGAGCUUCUGUGGACAGUGACGCUAGCCGAGGGGCCCCAGGGGGAGCAAGCAGAGGAGGUGCCGGUGAACCGCAUCUUGCCGCACCCCAAGUUUGACCCGCGGACCUUCCACAACGACCUGGCCCUGGUGCAGCUGUGGACGCCCGUGAGCCCGGCCGGGGCGUGGCGCCCUGUGUGCCUGCCCCAGGGGCCCCGGGAACCCCCAGCCGGCACCCCUUGCGCUAUCGCGGGCUGGGGGGCCCUCUUCGAAGAUGGGCCUGAGGCGGAGGCGGUGAGAGAGGCAAGAGUGCCCCUGCUCAGCACUGACACCUGCAAAAGGGCCCUGGGGCCCGAGCUGCACCCCAGCAGCAUGCUAUGUGCUGGCUACCUGGCCGGGGGCGUGGACUCCUGCCAGGGUGACUCUGGAGGCCCCCUGACCUGUUCUGAGCCUGGGUCCCACCCCAGGGAGGUCCUGUAUGGAGUCACCUCCUGGGGAGAUGGAUGCGGAGAGCCAGGGAAGCCUGGGGUCUACACUCGUGUGGCCGUGUUCAAAGACUGGCUCCAGGAACAGAUGAGUGCAACCCCCUCCAGCCGGGAGCCCAGUUGCAGGGAGCUGCUGGCCUGGGAGCCGCCCGGUGAACCGCCGGCAGACGCCGCCCUGCCCUGCGCCUUCUACGCCCGCCUGUGCCCUGGGCCCGCGGCCGCCUGCGCGCGUCUGGCGCACCAGCAGUGCCUGCAGCGCCGAAGGCGAUGCGAGCUGCGCUCGCUGGCACACACCCUGCUGGGCCUGCUGCGGGGCGCUCAGGAACUGCUUGGCCCGAGCCCAGGGAUGCGGCGCCUGGCCCCCACCCUGGCUCGCCCGGCUCUGUCGCUCCUGGAGCCUCGAAGACACCCCGCCCGCGAGCAGCGGCUGCACCCAGGAUCGCGGGCUGCGGGCGCUCGGUUCCCGAAGCGGAGGCCAGAGCAGCGCGUGGAAGCGAACGGUUGCCCUGGGCUGGAGAGUCUGCAACAGAAGUUGACCACCCUUCAAGGCACCCAUGCCUGGAUCCUGCAGGUCCCAGCAGAGCACUUGGCCAUGGACUUCCACGAGGUCCUGGCCGAUCUGGGCUCCAAGACACUGACCGGCCUCUUCCGAGCUUGGGUGCGGGCAGGCUUGGGGGGCCAACACGUGGUCUUCGGGGGCCUGGUAGGCCUGGAGCCGGCCACGAUGGCUCGCAGCCUCCCCCGCUUGCUGGUGCAGGCCCUGCAGGCCUUCCGUUUGGCCGCACUGGGAGAGGCAGAGGGACCCCGGAUGGGUGCAAGGCAGAGCCAGGGGCUGGGGAGGAAGGGGCACCCCCCACUCAGUCCUCAGAAUUCCCCAGCCAGGGGGCCAUGAACCAACCCCUGGUCAAGACCUACCCCUCCAGGGGGCUCCUGUGAUAACAAUAUGUCCCAGCCACAGUUGAUUGGGUGUGGGGGGCGAGGGGCCUGGGUCCAUGUGUCUUCCCAGAUAUGUCAUCAGAAAAUCCCGGCUGCUUUA